AUGUAUUUCCACACUGCAACGCAGAAAUUCCUCAUCCUCGUACCUCAAGAAAAUCCAGCCCCCAAACUCCCAGCAGCGGAUGCAGCACCACUGCUUAUCAGUUCUCCUCAGUCUUCGCCCGAUGACACAGAAUCCCCGGCCAGCCCUUUGCCGCAAAAGACAACCCGUUCUCCCAGCACCAGCUCGACUUCAUCGACUGAUAGCAAAAGCGGCUUUUUGCGGUUAGGGGUUUAA